AUGACCUCUUUUGUAUUCGUCACCGGGAACGCCAACAAGCUUAAGGAGGUCCAAGCUAUCUUGGCUUCUGGAGAUAGUGAAGUGAGCGUCACUUCGCAAGCUGUAGAUGUACCGGAGAUUCAAGGUACUACUCAGGAAGUAGCUAUAGCAAAAGUCAAAAUAGCAGCUGAAAAGCUAGGUACAGCUUGUGUAACAGAAGAUACAGCAUUAUGUUUCGAUGCUCUCAAUGGCUUACCAGGUCCUUAUAUCAAAGAUUUCUUAGGGAACUUAGGGCAUGAAGGACUUAACAACCUCCUCAAAGGCUUCAAUACCACUCGAGCCCACGCAUUGUGUACAUUCGCCUAUUCACCUGGACCAGGUCAAGAACCAAUCUUGUUCGAGGGAAGGACAGAAGGUAAUAUCGUUCCCGCGAGGGGUCCAACGCAUUUCGGCUGGGAUCCGAUAUUCCAACCUAUUGAAUUGGGUGGUCAGAGGACUUACGCCGAGAUGGACGGUGAGGAGAAGAAUAAAAUUUCGCAUAGGUAUAGAGCAUUGGAGAAGUUGAGGGUGUAUCUUCAGGAUAAAGCGAAAGAGGGGAAUUAG